AUGCUGACUCCCUGCGUCAACAGUUUAAGGGGGCAUGCUGACUCCCUGCUUCAGCAGUAUAAGGGGCAUGCUGACUCCCUGCGUCGGCAGUUUAAGGGGCAUGCUGACUUCCUGCGUCAGCAGUAUAAGGGGCAUGCUGACUCCCUGCGUCAGCAGUAUAAGGGGCAUGCUGACUCCCUGCGUCAGCAGUAUAAGGGGCAUGCUGACUCCCUGCGUCAGCAGUAUAAGGGGCAUGCUGACUCCCUGCUUCAGCAGUUUAAGGGGCAUGCUGACUCCCUGCGUCAGCAGUUUAAGGGGCAUGCUGACUCCCUGCGUCAGCAGUUUAAGGGGCAUGCUGACUCCCUGCGUCAGCAGUUUAAGGGGCAUGCUGACUCCCUGCGUCAGCAGUUUAAGGGGCAUGCUGACUCCUUGCGUCAGCAGUUUAAGGGGCAUGCUGACUCCCUGCGUCAGCAGUUUAAGGGGCAUGCUGACUCCCUGCGUCAGCAGUUUAAGGGGCAUGCUGACUCCCUGCGUCAGCAGUUUAAGGGGCAUGAUGUCUCCCUGCUUCAGCAGUAUAAGGGGCAUGCUGACUCCCUGCGUCAGCAGUUUAAGGGGCAUGCUGUCUCCCUGCUUCAGCAGUAUAAGGGGCAUGCUGACUCCCUGCGUCAGCAGUAUAAGGGGCAUGCUGACUCCCUGCGUCAGCAGUUUAAGGGGCAUGCUGACUCCCUGCGUCAGCAGUUUAAGGGGCAUGCUGUCUCCCUGCUUCAGCAGUAUAAGGAGAAGAGCAAUUCAUCAGUGUAA